CCAAUAUUUACGGAAGUGAUGUCUGGUCCUGAGCUGUCAUUGCUGGAGUAUCCUGUAUUAUAAAUAUGUGUUAAACCUUUAAAAUACUCGGUUACCCAUCGCUAAGAUGUUAGUCUGCUUAACCCUCACUUAGCUUCACGGGUCUGCUAACCUGUUAGCUAGUAGGAGCAACUGACAUUAGCUAACAGAGCUAACUAGCUUCCAACCUCAGAGCUAACAAGAACUCUGCCUUUAGUUUUGCUCUUAUGUGGGACAUGUUUACCUCGUCGUAUGUGUGUUUUGUAGGCGUGUGAAGUGUGUGUAAAGGGUUAAUUUAUCGAGUACUUUGGGUUGUUUAUCUCGGUGCCGUUUCUUGUAACGUUGAUCAAAGCUAACCGCUAGCUUGUUAGCCAGACGUUAUCACCAUGGGAGCCGAACAGAGCGGAGACUCGGAGCACAAGCACUCCGACUACAGCUCGUCGGUGGUGCCCUCCCCAGCGAAGCAGAAAGCAAAGAUGGAUGAUAUCGUGGUUGUGGCUCAGGGGACUCAAUCACUGCGUAAUAUCCACAACGAUCCAGAUGUCAUCAAGCUUCAGGAGAUUCCUACCUUUCAGCCUCUUUUAAAGGGAGUGCUGAGCGGUCAGACGUCUCCCAGCAGUGUGUGUCUGGAGAGGCUGGACGCCGCUCAGGUUAUGCAGCUGUGCAUCCGCUACCAGGACCAUCUGCACCAGUGUGCCGAGGCCGUGGCCUUCGACCAGAACGCCCUGGUAAAGAGGAUCAAAGAGAUGGACUUGUCAGUGGAAACCUUGUUCAGCAUAAUGCAGGAGCGCCAGAAACGCUACGCCAAGUACGCCGAGCAGAUCCAGAAAGUCAACGAGAUGUCCAUGAUCCUCAGACGCAUCCAGAUGGGCAUCGACCAGACGGUGCCGCUGAUGGAGCGCCUCAACAACAUGCUGCCUGAGAGCGAGCGGCUGGAGCCCUUCAGCAUGCGGCCUGACGGGGAUUCAGCCUCCAAAUAGCCUCCUUAAACCAGAGCAGCUGAUUCUUACUGAGUCUACAUCCAGAGCUGCAGCCAGGAGGAAGUGCAGGUGUGUGCAGCUGUAGGGAUUACCCUUUUACCUUUUUUUGUUUUUUUCAAACGUAGAGUUAAGGUUUCCAUUUGAGAGUCUGCUCGAGCUAGCUCUUAUUUCCCUUACUAAUGCAGGAAGUAAUGCAGAACAAGUGCUCUUAAAUUGGCAAUAGACAACUUUUUCCCUGCUGGCGAUUAUUGUUGGCGUCACAACUGAGACAAGCGCUUUCCAUUUCCUUCAGACCCUACUCAGAAAUUUAGCAACUACUCCAGACUAUCAAGGGAAAAACUAGGAGUGCAUUCAAAUAUGUUACAGUGUUAUUAACUCCAAAUUCUGCUCAGAGUAAUCACAGUCUACAGUUUUUCUGCCAACACCACAUGGGGUCCCUCCCUUUACUCUUGGCAGUCUCUUCCUUGAUGCAACCGACUUUAUGCUAAUUAAUGUGAUACAUUUUUUGGGACUAGAACUAGCUGAUUUGAUUGGAAAAGAGUUGGCAGUACUGUAAAGGACGCAGUGCAUUCUGUUUUCCACGGCUUUGUGCCAUAAAUCGAGCUUACAUUUCCCCGGGAGAUCUUACCCAAGAGCAGAGAGAAGGGACCAAUCAGAACACUGAUGGUGCCAUCUCCUUGUGCAAUCAACAUUUACUUCUAAAUGAUAAGGGAAAAGAAACAAGUUGCCUAUUGCCAGGUUAAUCAGCGACUUCAUACCUACCAUAGCAUCCUCACUCAGCACGCACACACACACGGUGAUACCUGAGUUUAACCACAGCCUUCUGCUCCUGGCGACUGAGCAGCAGAACUCUACAGCUGCAGACUUAUGAAGUGCUGCGAUCGAAUGUGUGGAGAUUAUUGCUUAUCCCAUACCUGCACGGAAUCUAACUGGCAAUCGUCCACAGACAGGGGAGGCACCAACACAUUUGAGUCCGAGUGAACUCCACACGACCGAAAAAACUCGUCCUGCAGAAAAGCUGCAGCUUUAAAGGAGUCCAAUAGGUGUGAGCCACAGAACUUCUAAAACAAUUCCUGUUGCUUCGGGGAUUUGUGCAAAACAUCGGAGCCGAUUGAUUUGGGAUCUUACACUUCACUCUACAAAUAUUGAUCCCGAUUGUUCUCCUCGCUCCAUGCCGAGUGCCCCGCUCUCUUUUUGGAUUUCCCCUCCAUGAACCGCUUGCUUACGAGAUGUUUUUGAAACUUUCUGAACAGUAUCGUUGCAUCAGUUUGGAAUAUCAUGUCGAAGAGAAACAAUAUGGAUUACUGCCUUUGGAUUAAGCAAGGAGCCUGGAUGUACAUUGGACGUAAAACAAGAAAAGCCUCCCAGGAAACAGAGGAUGCUGUUCUAUAGUUGUGUGCUCGAUGAAGUUGACUUUAAUUUAUUUGGAUAUGUUGGCUAUUUGCAUGAAAAAACUGAAACAAGGGACCGAACAGAGACCCUGUUGCUUGGGAGUUUUGCAGAUUGGUACAAAAGAUGGACGUAGAGGUGGAUGUGUGUUUGUCCUCAGAGCUGUGAUAUGAUUUAUGGCCAUGUCUUUGAUCGGAGAGAGUGAUCAUUUUAACUUCACAUCUGUUGAACCUUUGUUUCCGCAUCACAAAUCAUGCUUGUUUUGCUUCAAGGGUCGAUUAAAUUAUGGAAAUAAAAACACAUUUUCUCUUUUGCUUCUAGAGAGAUGAGAUC